GACUCCAUGGCUGUGAUCGAACCAACGUGAACUUACAGUUUAUGAAUUAUUACAACACCAUUGUUUUGAUUAGGUAUUUGUGGUUAUAAAGUAAAAUGUGCUUGGUUUACACGUAAAUGAACAAAUUAACCAAUUGAUAAAUACAGUUGUGAAGAAUACAGGAGUUUUAGUUGAAGUUAUAUAACAUUUUAAUUUUUAACGUCCUAAAGAAGAAAAGUAUUUGAUGACAAUCUGGUUGCUGAAGAGAUGCUAUUCAAGAGCAAUGAUACAUCUGACACCCGUUAAACGUUCUAGCGUUCCUCAUGUGUUCUGUAGAUGUCUCAGUCAUGUAAGUGAUAUACCACUUAAGCUGGACAGUGUCAUUGAACCAAAGAAGGUUGAAUCAGUGAAGAAGGAUUCAAAGACUAUAGAAAUAACAAAAAAUGAAUACCCAGCACCAAGUUUUAAGAGUUCAUUUAGAGUCAUUGAUAAAGAUAGUCCUAGAUUUAAUGAUUUCAAUAUACAGAUGAUAUCUGAAGCUAUGUGCGAUCAUUUAUUUGGCAAUAAAAUAAAAAGUAAUUUUUGUAACCUACAAGAUUUGAAUAAAGUAAAGAUGGAAUUAAAAAAACAUGGUUUGAUGUCUAAUGUUAAAGAAGUACCAGAUAUAGAUUUAAAUUUACCAAAACUUGAAGGAGAAACAAUUGAAGAUCAUUUCUAUAAUAUUGGAGAAAACCAGUGUGCCUCAUAUCGAAAGCUCAUUAUGAAUUUAUUGGUGGAAUUACCUGUACUUCCUAAAGUAUGGGAAAUGAAAGAAGGGUGGACCAAAUAUACUAAUGAGGGCUCAUGCAGUGUAGAGUUUCCAGAAGAAGAUGCAUUAGUUUUUGAUGUUGAAGUAUGUUGUUCUGAGGGACAAAUGCCAACAUUGGCAACAGCUGUCAGUAGUAAAGCAUGGUAUGCUUGGGUAAGUUCUGACCUUAUUCGUGGUAGCCAGAGUGCUGCCAACAAUCAUUACACAUUGGAUCGUCUAAUCUCACUGGAGAGUAACAGUGAGGAUAAAGGAAUCCGUUUAAAGGAGAAAUGUAAGAAACCUCGAAUAGUUAUAGGUCAUAAUGUUAGUUAUGAUCGAGCUCGAGUUAAAGAACAGUACUGGAUAGAAAGAACUGGAUUGAGGUUUUUAGAUACAAUGUCACUUCAUAUUUCUGUGAGUGGUGUUACAAGUUAUCAGAAAAAUCUGCUUAAAGCAGGUCUAGGCCAAGAUGAUGAGUGGAGCAAGUUGAGUUCCUUGAAUAGUUUGAGUAAAGUGCACAAUUUGUAUUGUGGCUCUGAACUUUCCAAAGAAGAAAGGGAUCUUUUCGUCGAGGGAACACUUACAGAUAUCUCAAACAAUUUUCAGAGUUUAAUGACCUAUUGUGCAAAUGAUGUUAUUGCUACUCACAGAGUUCUCUGUAAACUUUUCCCAAUGUAUUUAUCAAGAUUUCCUCAUCCUGUAUCUCUAGCUGGUAUCUUAGAGUUAGGUUUAACUUAUUUGCCUGUAAAUUCAAAUUGGAAUCAGUAUAUCAAAGAUUGCGAUGAGACUUACAGUGACCUUGACGGUGAGGCAAAAUUGAUAUUAUCUCAACUGGCUGACCAUGCAUGCCAGUUGUUACAUAAUGAUGAAUAUAAAAAGAAUCUUUGGUUUUGGGACCAAGACUGGCACAUUAGAAAUUUAGUAUUAAAAAAGAAGGUCACAAAAAAGGUAAAGAAUAAAAAUGAAAGUGAAAUGCCCACUGCCUCAGACAUCCAAACAGCUAAUGAUGAUACUCAAGAUGAAAGCCCUGAAUAUAAACAGUUACAAAAUAAAUUUAAAGAUUUGAUAGAAAUGAAGAGUUUACUGCCAGUAAGGACUCCCCAUCUUCCAGGAUAUCCAGCCUGGUAUACUAAGUUGUGUCCAAAGCUGUCAUCCAUGGAUUGGGCAGCAGGUCCUCAGUUAAUAAGCACAGGAAUGCAGAUAGCUCCAAAAUUGCUUUCGUUGACUUGGCAAUCAAUGCCUUUGCAUUAUGUUCAAGGACAUGGAUGGGGUAUGCUAGUGCCUUUUAAAACAGAUAUAGAGUUAGAUAACUCUGAAGAUGUUCCACUCGAACAAUUAGUUCUUCACUGUCAAAAUAUACAGAGUGAUCUAUUGUGUAACUGUUCAAAAGUUCUUGACCAUAGUAACUCAGUUAAUGUAAAAUUUGCUUGUAAUAAAAAAAAUACUGAAAAUAGAUCUGGAGAAAAUGGAAGUACUGUAUUUUGCAGGUCAGAAAUGGGAUCUGCAUGUGGUCUCAUUAAACUGCCCCAUAAAGAUGGUAAGCAUUUAAACGUUGGUAAUCCUUUAGCUAGAGAUUAUAUUCAUAAAUUUUCAGAGACUGGAUUGGGUAGUGGUAAUAUGAAAACUGAGAGAUUGAUAGAAAUAAGCAGAAUGUUAUCAUAUUGGAGAAAUAAUAGAGAGAGAGUUGGAAAUCAAUUAACUGUUUGGUUAUCAAAGAAAGAUAUACCAUCUUUCAUGGCUGGUGACAAAGAAUUGGGUGCCAUACUUCCCCAAGUAGUGGUUUGUGGUACAUUGACCCGAAGGGCAGUAGAACCAACAUGGAUGACAGCUUCAAAUGCCCUAGGUGAACGUGUAGGUUCAGAGUUACGAGCUAUGAUUAAGGCACCUCCUGCUUACUGUCUUGUGGGAGCAGAUGUUGAUUCACAAGAGCUAUGGAUUGCUUCUAUAAUUGGAGAUGCAUAUUUAAACAAGCAGCAUGGAGCAACUCCUUUUGGAUGGAUGACAUUAAGUGGACAAAAAUCUGAUGGAACGGACAUGCACAGUGUUACAGCUAAAGCUGUUGGUAUAUCAAGAAAUCAAGCAAAAGUGAUUAAUUAUGCAAGAAUAUAUGGUGCUGGGCAACCAUUUGCAGAACAUUUGUUAAAGCAGUUUAAUCCAGGGAUGUCAUCAACAGAAGCUAAGCAAAAGGCUUCUAAGAUGUUUUCAAUGACCAAAGGAAAACGAUUGUAUAUGUUAAAGAAAGAUGUAUUACCUGAUUUAAAGCAACGCACUUAUACAAAAUAUGGUGCAAAGGAAGUGUGCUCAUUAUAUGGAAAGAGUGCAGAGGACUUGUUUGAAAAGCCCAAAUGGGUAGGAGGUACUGAAUCUGCAAUGUUCAACCGACUAGAGGAAAUUGCUUCAAGUCCCUCACCAGUGACUCCUUUCUUAAAAGGACGUUUAAGUAGAGCUCUUGAACCAGGGACUGAUAAAGAUGAUAAAUUUAUACCUACCAGGGUAAACUGGGUUGUUCAGAGUGGAGCAGUAGACUUCUUACAUUUGAUGCUUGUGUGCAUGCGGUGGCUUUUGGGACCAGAAGUACGUUUCUGCCUCAGUUUCCAUGAUGAAGUUCGUUAUUUAGUUCCCUAUAGUCAACGCUAUCAAGUAGCUCUGGCUCUACAUAUUACAAAUCUUUACACAAGGGCUUUUUGUGUGAGUCAGUUAGGAAUGACAGAUAUGCCACGAUCAGUAGCUUUUUUCAGUUCUGUAGAAGUGGAUAGUGUACUUCGAAAAGAGGCAGAUCAUGAUUGUAAGACGCCUUCCAACCCCUUUGGAUUGUCAAAGGGAUAUGGUGUUUCACCUGGAGAAAGUUUAAAUAUAGAAGAGGCUGUCACAAAAGCUAGAGGAAUUAUCGGUUUACCUGGUUUUCGUCGGAAGAAAAAGUUGUAGUCUGAAUGUACAAUUCAUAAUAAUGAAAAUGUCUUCAUCCACCAAGAGAAAACAUGUGUAUGCUGAGCUGCAGCAAUCUGUGCUCCGAGUGCCGAGUGAAGGACAAGAGAUUGUGCGUGUUAAAGCAGGUCGGGGCAAUAAUCUUCAUGAUGUAGAGAGUGC